UUUUGAUUUUUUUUAUGAUUGCGCAAUCAUUGCAAGAGGCCUAGGAACUUGAUACAGCUGUACGAGUUAUCUUCCCUCGUCCAACUCCUUUAAAACUAGAAUGUGGAUGACCUAUCAAGUGUUCUGAAAUAGUUUUUUAUGUUUGGAAAUACCAAGCCUUUAGGUCAUUUAUGCUAAGUAGUGAAAAGCCCUUCAAAUUGUUAACCAAAAAUUUCUAGUUUUUCAUUAUUCUUAUAGUAUGGAUCAGUGAUUAUGUUGCAUGGUGUUUAUUUAGUAGUUGGCAGACAUGGCUAUUUCCAGAUUGCUUUGUUGAUUAUGAUAUUGUUGACAUCUUGAUUUCUUUAAUACAUCCAACUCUUGUUCUCUAUAUUACUGUUGUGGUCGGAAUUGCAGAAUUAAAUGAGACUUACCUGUAAGUUGAAAUUUGAUGAAAAUUCUGUCUCCACAUUAGAUGGUACGAAGGGAUCACAUGCCCACCCGUUGAGGUACUCUCCCUUACAUAAGAUAUUUCUAUAUAUGUUUAUAUACAUGUAUACAUAUAUUGUGGGUAUUGGGUAGCUGUGGUUAAGUGUUCACUCCACGACUUUAAAGAAUGACUGGUGAUAUGCGCACGCAUCUCAUUGGAUCCCUUCGUACUAUCGGAAGUGAAGACAGAUUAUCAUCAACCUACAGAUCCGGAAGUGACGGGAUGUAUCAAAGACAACUUGCCAGGUAAAAUAUCAAGAAGGCAGUGGUGUCCAUAAUGGAUGUUAUCGAAUGUCGAAAAGUUGGCAUAGAGGACUUUGACGAUGUUAUGAGUAUCCGAGACGUUAACGAUGGACUGGACUACCUGCCCGCCCUCUAUCGGACAUUUAUGGCCGAUCACACUGGGUAUGCUGUUAUUGUAAAUAAAACAAUGGUAGCGUUCCAAUGUGUUACUUUCAUUGAUGACGGAGAAACUAUUAUACUGAGAGCACUACUUAUGCGCAAAGGAUAUGAGGGCAGAGGACUGGUCUAUCGUCUGAGAGCCUUCAUCCAACAGGACAUGGCAGGAAAACCGAGACUCAAGCGUUAUGUGUUCACGACCGGAAAUGAGGCAAUCCUACAGAAGGUGCUAAAAGAGAGGAGAGGUGAACUCAUAGUUCAGAGGGAUAUCUUGUUCUACCAUGGAGGAGUUUCAAAGGUAGUCCCAUUUCUCCCUACAGUUGACAACAUACCAAUGAGGAUCUUGAACAAGGGUGACUUACAGAAACUACUGUCAUCAAAAGCAAACACAGACAGGUUGUUUCCACAAGGGAGAAUCAUUGUCGAUUGGGUGCCUUAUCGUCUGCUGGCUUCUAAUGUCGAUCAUUUCUUCAACGACUUUUGUCACAUAUUGGGCAGCGAGUGCAAAGAUGGAGACUCCGGCAGCUUCGAAUGCAUUACACUGGCUGUUGGCUACAUCGUGCCUAACGGAAUUCGGUACAAUGUAGAAAUAUAUGGUAACUUCACAGAGGAGACUUUCUUACUUCAUAUGGCAGAGCAUCUCAGAAAAUGUUCGACGUUCGAAUACGGGGACAUUAAUCUUUUGGUAUAUUCUGAGCCAGGGUCACAUGAUGCAAGCAUGAUCACAAAAACUAUGCAACAGUUUGGAAUGAGUAAGUCUAAUACAUUCAAUUCAAGCACGAUGUAUGGAAUUGAAGCACCAAUGGUUCCGUUAUCGAAGUAUUGAUCCACCAAUAUUUAUCACACCUAUGCAAUACUAAUGGAACUUUACUUUUAACUAAGUUCCCUGGAGCCCGGAGGUCACAUGGAGUUUUUUCUUUCAGAAUAAGAAAAAACGAAAUGCAUUCUGGGAAAUAUUGAAACGAUUAGCUUCAUAUGUCUUCUGUACUUUGUAUUAAUGAAAAUGACUUACACUGGCUUCUCACGAAGUUUACCCUGUCAGAAUUACGAUUUUUUUGGUGUUUUUGUACUUUGUAUUAUUGAAAUUGACUUGUACAGGGCUCUGACGAAGUUUUCUCUGUCAGAUACAAGUGACUCGAGUGACUUUGUGGUUUUUUUGUACUAUCUUUAGACGCCUUUCAUUUCAUUGUUUUAUUGGCAUAUUCAUUCGUACGUGAUCUAUUUGUGAUUCUCCGACACUUAGAUAGUAAGUUAUAGGUAUUUUAAUUCUGUUAAUUCAAAUGAUUUGCUUUGAUUAUUUAAGUGAAUAGUAAAUAAAUAUUUGUAAACGAUGUAAACUGCUAUAAUUUUAAUACCAGUUAUUGAGAGCAGAUAACGGAUAUUUAGGGGACAAAUGGGACAAAAUCUUUUUAAUUUAGAUAAACACCAUGUAUACCACAACUCUUUUGUACGGAUAUUAUACUAUUUUUAUGUCUUUUUCAAGGCUGUAUAACAGUUAGUGGUAAAACAUUCUUUAUUAACGAAAUGGUUGUUCCUCUCCAUUAUUGUUUUUAUUAAUUGCUUGCAUUUCGCUUCCAUCAUUUCAUUUCGUCACUCAUAAAAUACUCAACUAUUUUAGCACAUUACCAAAUCAAAAAAGAUUAGUGUCGGUACAUGUAUCGUCGUAGCCGGAGUUACUACUGAUAUUAGCCUAAAGAUUUAUAGUCAGGUAGAAAUACAAAUAAGAUUUAAAGCGAAUUCCAAUUAUUAUUUGUUAUGGUUGUUGAUACAAUUGUUUAUUUUAAUGAAUCAUGUCUGCCGGUCUUCGUAAUUUUGGGAAUAUCCCGACGUUUAUAUAAUGACAUGUAACGUUACUACAGUGGAACUAUACAUUAAUCCUCGGAUCUGUCAGUCGCCUGCAUGAACUGGAAUUGGAAAGUCAAAAUCUAUUGAAUAUAGAAAGAAGGAAAUAAAGCUCUAAAUUACAGUUAAAUAGAAGAUAUGCUUCAUAAAGUUUAACAAAGUUACCAGUAACAUUUAUUUCAAUUAUUCAAAUGCAAAAUGUUCAUCCACUUUUUAAGAAUUGCAUUCAACUGAUUUUGAUUGCAGACAGACAGGUAGUAAUUUGUAAUUUGUGUUGCAUUUUGCUAUAAUCAUUGCAUUUUCACUCCACUUUUCUUUGAGUUGCGUUGAUUUUUGUUUGUGAAAUUUUGCAAGUUAGAUAUAUCUAUUACAUGUGAUUAAUAUAAUUUUCAUAUUAUCUGGCGUUCAAUAUGAGUUAAAACUGGUUUGAAAACAAAACAACAUAAAAAAAAAUUCCUACGACGUCGCGUUCCUUCACACGCAUCAAAAUUGCACUGCAAAAUAAUAUUUUCAUUUCUCUAGUUAUAACGACCGAUUCAAAUAUGCAUAUGAAAAAAAAGAAAAAGAAAAAAAAAACACUUCCGAAAUAAAGAUGGCAAGAUUUGUUUUGUCCAUCACACAUACAAUGAAUAAAGAAAUAACAUCAUUGUAGCACACAUGUGAGACAUACACAUGGGUGAGAUUUAAAUUUGAAUAUAGAUAAAUAAAUGAAUGAAUGAAAA